UUUUAGACGGUUGAAAGAGAAGCAGAGAGUGAAAAAAAAUGUGGGUCACAGGACUCAUUCUAAGCGCCGGAUGCGUAGGAUGAUAAGGGGACACAGAGACCUCGGUACAGGCGGAUUGUUCAAGUCGUCCUAGCCCUCAGUCCCUCGGUCUUUCACCAAGGAUACUCUCCCUUGUUUUCCACGUGUAAAAGUCCCCUUGGGCCUCACCUCUCGCGGCGGAGGGAGCGUCAUGACCCGUGGGCUGACGCGGGCCAUGAAAACAUGCAAUCAAACUUGGGAUUAUGAGGCGCGAGCGGCGAGCAUGACCUGCAGCGUCGAUGGCACUCCCUGACCUUCCCGUCCGCGAGGCCAUGGAGGGCGACGGUGCCAUGGGUGCCAUGGGUGCGGAGAGUGCCAUGAGCGAGGAGGAGCGCCUGGCCGAGAGUGAGCACAUGAUCAACCUCACCGUGGCGGUCCUCAUCCUCACCAUCUUCUCCUUCUUCUUCAUCAUCAUCCUCGCCAUCCUGUGCAUGAACUGGCUCGAGAGGAAGAGGAGUGGGCUUAUGGGCCAGAGUCUACUGCUUCCAGCCGGCCCCGUGCCAGGUUACAUGACAGUUCUAACAAGCGACCACCCUCACAUACGCCUGCUUGGCCACUACAGACUCGAACCUGUACGCCCGCACAGAGAGAAGACGCACACCUUCACGGAGCAGCACUACAACACCCCCCAACACCUCAUUCACUACGACACUGUCACCGUGGCGGAAAAACAGAGGUCUUACUGAUUCCGACUGAGGACUACGAACCUAAAGCUGCGGAGAUUUUUUUUAUAGAUAUGGAUUCAUUCAUUUUAUUGAUUUCUUUUAUUUAUUGAUUGAUUGAUUGAUUGAUUGGUUGAUAUAUUUAUUCUAGCUAUUUUUGUGAUUUGUUUUGUUUAUUGGAUAUGUAUUUAUUGGAUCAGAAUAAACAAAACGAGCCUAAAUUAUUUAUUCACAUCUUUUAUACAUAUUGUUUAACUUUUACACCGGGGAAAUGUUUACAUAUUUAUUCAGUUAUUACUUUUUUCUUAAUUAUCUAUUCUAUCUAUUUUUUUUCUCUGUUUAUUGAACAUGUAUUUACUGUAUCUAUUUUUUCACGUGUGUUUACCUGCUUCGUUUAUCUCUAACUCAGUAUGAGAUUUUAUUCAUAGCAUUUAUUUAUGAUUUGCUUGUAUCAUUUAUGUAUCAUUUAUAUAAAUCAUUUAUAUAUGUA